AUGGAUCCAAAAGUCGAAAACGGAGCAAUACAAGAAGAUGACGUGCGGGUUUGGGGAAAAUCUUUGCCGGUGUCAAGCGUCCAAGAAAUGGUAAGAAAAGAUUCUCAAUCUCUCCCUGAAAGAUACAUACAAGAAAACAAAGACAGGCCAGUUGAUACUGAACUAUCUCCAGCUUCCUCAGAAAUUCCAAUCAUAAACUUCUCUUUGCUAGUCAAUGGAGACAAAAAUGAACGAAGAAAGCUAGACUUUGCCUGCAAAGAGUGCGGUUUCUUUCAGAUAACAAAUCAUGGUGUGCCACAAGAGGUGCCAAAGAAAAUGAAGGCUGUUGUGGCAGCAUUUUUCGAACUUCCAAUGGAAGAUAAAAACAAGUAUGCAAUGGCAGUGAAUGAUGUUCAAGGAUAUGGCCAAGUUUAUGUAGCCUCUGAGCAUCAAAAACUCGAUUGGUGCGACAUGAUGUUCUUGAUGACACUCCCAUCAAAAUUCAAGAAAAUGAAUUGCUGGCCGGUUAUCAUACCAGGGUUCAAGUAUGCACUUCAGUGA